GAGUUGUGCGGAGUUGUGGAGGACAUGGCGGGCUCCAGUGAGGCUAGCAGCGAGUCCUGGAAGGGCCGGUACUACCGGCUGGAGGAAGUGCAGAAGCAUAAUAACAGCCAGAGCACCUGGUUUAUCGUGCACAACCGCAUCUACGAUGUCACCAAGUUCCUAGACGAGCACCCAGGUGGUGAAGAGGUCCUCAGGGAGCAAGCUGGAGGAGAUGCUACUGAGAACUUUGAAGAUGUUGGCCAUUCCAAAGAUGCAAGGGCACUGUCAGAAACUUUUAUUAUUGGAGAACUUCACCCGGAUGACAGAGGAAAGCUUCAGAAACCAACAGAAACACUUAUUACCACCGUUGAGUCUACUUCCAGUCCAUGGACCAGCUGGCUGAUCCCAGCAAUAGCAGCAAUCAUCGUGGCCCUGAUGUAUCGUUCCUACAUGUCAGAGUAAGUGCCUUACUGAACUAAUGCAAGAAGAGGCUGAUCUGGGAGAGAACGUAAGCAAUCCUGCCCCAAAAGCCUGAUGUCUGAAGAAAGGCUCAGUUUUCUGGGAAAAAAAAAAAAAGUUGAAUGAUUCUCUUCUGUUGUGCACUUUUCUUAAUGUUGCCUUCUUAUUUGCUGUUCUGAAGUAAUAAAAAGGUAGCAUUUCUCUUUUUGUAUAACAAUUUUACUCGAAUUAUUUGAUAACUGUAUUGGUUUCUGUGUUAGAAUAUUGUUUUGUAUGUAACACUGAUCCUGGUUAUUUCUCUUUAAUCUGUAAUGGGAUCCAUAGGAUUCACUUUACAUACACAUUUUACAGCUUUAAAUGACUACCAAAACUGUGUACAUGUGUUUGUCCGUGUACACAACUUUACUUAAAAUCAUAGUGUCUCCUUAAAUGUAGUACAUUUGAAUUAAAUGCUAAUUAAUUAUAGUGGAAAAAGCUUUGUGGAGUAGUAGUUUAUAGGUGCCUCUAAGUGCUUGGGCUCUACCAAUCAGGCUAAUGAGCUGAUUCUUAUUUUAUUCUUUUCCUCUUGACAUCUUGUUUGGUGGUUGUUGUAGAUACUUCUACAAGCAAACUGUUCUGUUAGGCCCCUAUUGAAAAGUUCAGGUGAAACAUGAAACCCAAUGUUUGGCCCAGUUAUGUCUGUCUCAGUUUUGUGAC